AGAUGUAUGACUAUGCUAGAAGAAGUUCUCAGUCAAGUUACAUGUAGACUUCCGUAAGCGAGAGAUACAUUUGAAAGUUUAUCAAAACUGAGCCCUGUGAUAAUUUUAAAUCAAGACACAAGGCCCAUGUUUUCUGAGUUAUCCUUUAUAUACCUUGCCGGAAACAACAUCAGCAUUAUUGAAGAACAAUACAGAAAAAUGCUUUUUGUCGACUGGAAAGAAGAAGCCCCAUUUAAGAAAGAUGGGCUCCCUACAGACAUUGAACAGUUUUGGAUUGGUGUACUUCACCAUGAGGCAUUUAAAGAGGUCGCCGCCUUUGCCCUUACUUGCCUAAUAACCCCUGUCAACAAUGCUGCAGUUGAGAGGAUAUUUUCUUUUGUAGCCGCCAUUUAAACGAAGGCAAGAAACAGAAUGUUGCUGAAUCUUCUUGAUGAAUCAGGGCAGAAUUAUUGCUUUCAGGCAAAUGUUGCAAAGACUUCACUCCAUCUCCAGAUGCUAAAAAAAACUUCACAUCGGACAAGGUUUAUGCUGUGUGUUCCACUCAUUCCUGUGAAGAGGAUAGUAAUGACCUGGAUCUGGAGCUUUUCAUGUGAUAUAUACGCAGGUCAGCACAUUAGCCGCACCAAGCUUAACCUUUUGAUUGCUGACUUUGUCUGAAGUCUGAAAAACAUCUGAUUGGUGUCAAGAAAACAACCACUUCCUCAAUGUCACAGAAACAAAGGAGCUGGUUGUGGAUUACAGAAGGAAUAGAGACAGGCUAACCCCUAUUGACAUCAAUGGAUCUGGAGUUGAGAAGAUAAACAGCUUUAAGUUCCUUGGCAUACACAUCAUUAAGGACUCACGUAGUCUGUACUUACUGGCUGUGUGCUGAAAAGAGCAGAGUAGAACCUCUUUCACCUCAGAUGGUUGAAGAAGUUUGGGAUGGGGCCCCAAAUCCUAAGAACUUUCUACAGGAACACAACUGAGAGCAUCCUGACUGGGUGCAUCACUGCCUGUCAUGGGAACUGUAUUUCCCUCAAUCGCAGGACUCUGCAGAGAGUGGCUCGGACAGCCCAGCGCAUCUGUAGAUGUCCGCUAUUCAGGACAUUUACAAAGACAGGUGCGUAAAAAUGCCCAUACGAUAUUGGGGACUCAAUUCACCACAACGACAAACUUUUCCAGCUGUUAUCAUCCAGGAGACAUCCACAGCAUAAAAGCCAGGAUCAACAGACUCUAGGACAGAUCCUUCCACCAGGCCAACAGACUGAUUAAUUCUUGCUGAUACAAUUGUAUUUCUAUGUUAUAUUGACUGCCCUAUGUAAAAAUUAUUUAUUAUAAAUUACUAUGUUACACAUUGCACAUUUAGAUGGAGAAGUAAUGUAAAGAUUUCCACUCCUCAUGUAUAUGAAUGAUAUAAGUCAAUUCAAUUCACCCUCUCCACUAUCUGUUCUGGCAUUCUGACUCCAAUCUCUCCUGCAACUUUAGUUUAACCACACACCCUCCCUGGCACACUAGCACAAGCAAGUUUUACCACUAGGAUAUUAGAACUCUGCUGGUAUUCAUUCCCGAACUAACAAAUCCCCUAUCAGCCCUUUGACAUUCCUCUGCUAGGUAAUCCCACCCCAACAGUGUCUAACAUGGUCUAACUCUUGAUGUCGUGGAUGGCCGCAAGAGUACUCUGCGAUGGCUAUUUUACCUCAUUCCCCUUCCUGACCCUCACCCAGUUUUCUCUGUCCUGUACCGUGGGUGUAAGUCACCUCUCUUCAUGACAUAUCCAUCCUUCCCUCUGACUCCUGAAUGAUCCAGAGUUCAUCCAUUUCCAGCUUCAAAUCCCUAACAUGUAGGUUUAUAUGGAGUCAGGUAUGUGACGGUAUCAGGGACACUGGAAGUCUGCCCGCAUUCCCACCAAUGUUCACUCUAAUUUGUAAUGACCAGUCAGUGCAAAAAUCUCGUGCUGUGCAAUUUUUACCCAGUGACAACAACAUGUGUGAACUGAAUUUUAUUUAGAAAGGUAUUCAUUUCAACAGUGAGCAAAUCACUGUCAAUAAGAACUUUGAACUCCUCUGCAUUUGAUCAAGUUCAUCUACACUCUCACACAACCUAUGUAGCAGGCCUAGAGCCGGUAAUGAAGGAUUUUCUCACCAGCACGUUUGCACACAACCUAUAUGUGAUUUUCUUGCUAAAUGAUGCUUUAAGAAGUCAAAUUUCCAAAUAUAACUCCUCUUCUUCCCACUUGUAAAUUCUCCAGCAACUUUUGCAUCACCACAAUACACACAGGUGUUAAAGAGUGUACUAUUACUGUUGCUAUGCUGCUCAUGGGAGAGAGAAACAAAACACAGGCACGACCAUUUGCUACAGAUAAGAUGGGAGAGAGAGAGACUGUUGAUUUAUUGUAUUUUGACUCUUCCUGGAUUAUUUACUUUCACUACAAGGAUUUUACUUUGCUCGUUAACAUUUCUCAGGAGACUGCAGGAGUGACCUGAUUUGAUUGACACCAUCAUUCAGAGUUGAUGGAUAGCUGAGACCCCAUUAGUAGGGAUAAAAGACAGGUCUGGAGAGACACCCUUCAGACACACCAGUGGACGCUGACUGAGGGUUGUGAACCCACAAGGGAGGUGGGGGUUUCAGAGACCGAAUCAGGAGAUCGGUCAAUAAAACUCCCAGUGUGACGGCAGGGCUGGUGGGGACUUGUGUGUGUGUCCACUCAUGCCAGAGUGACGAGUCCACCACAGAAGAACGGUCUAGCUGAAGGACGGAGGGGUUAACAGCCGAAUGACCACAAUGGUGCGAUGGAAUCUAAAGGCAACAGGAAGGUUUGUUGACUGCAGCUGCUCAAUCUCUCGCUCUCUCUCUCUCUCCAAUGAUUACCACACAACAACUAUAUCUAUCUCAGCACGCAUGAACUGAACUGAACUUUAUACUUUUCUAUGACAAUUCAUUUACCCCUAGACAUCGAUAGAGCUGGUUUAUUAUUGCUUAUUAUUAUUCCCACACUUUUAGGUUUAUUAUUGCUAACCUGUGUUAUAUGUAUAUUUGCAUUAUUGGUAUUGUUUUGAUUAUUUUACUAAUAAACACUUUUGAAUAUAGUACCACCAGACUCCAACGGAUUCUUCUCUCUCUGCUGGUCUGACACCCAGUUACGGGGUACGUAACAAGUUGGAGCCUCGUCUUGGGAUUUGAUUAACAAAUUGGGGGGCCAGUGAAUUAGGAUAAAAGUCCCUUAUCUGAACUGGUUGCGCGGACAACCAGACGGGAAACCAGCAGAGAUGGAAAUUGACAAAUUUUUAAAAGAACCAACUACGGGAACAUUAGAGGAUGCCAGAAAGUUGGAAUUGGUGAGUGUUGCGAGACGAUUGAAUCUCUUGGCGGUGAAGCCGGCGAUGACAGAGUUGGAAAUACAGACAGCAAUAGCUGAGUAUUAUGUAUCCCAAGAUGUGUUUCCGUUGGGGGCAUUGGACCUGUUCCCUGAGAGGAAGCAAGUCAAAGGUGAGUUUCAGUUACAGAUAGAAAGAUUAAGGUUGGCUGUGGAGAAGGAGAAAAGGGAGCAUGAGUUCCAGAUAAAGGAAUUGGAGGCUGCAAGGCAGAGAGAAGAAGCUGAUAAGCAGAGGGAGGAAAGCGAGAAGGAGAGGCAGCAUUAUCAGGAAAUGGAGAAGUUAAAGGCAUCGCAGGGAAGAGACCGGGCAGCAGACCCAAAUGAGGGGUUCAAGAUUGGUCAGGAGAUCCAGUUGGUACCUCCAUUAGAGGAGAUGGAUGUCGAUAAGUUCCUCCAUUUUGAGAAGGCUCAGCAAGUGUAUUCGGCAUUGCCUAUGGAUGAGUCUAAGGAUUAGGAGGAAGUAAAAAGGGCUGUACUGAAGAGUUACGAGUUGGUGCCAGAGGCAUACAGGCAGAAGUUCCGGAACUUGAGAAAGCCAUGGAACCACACGUAUUUAGAGUUUGUCCAUGAGAUGCAAAUGUAUUGUGAGCAUUGGUGCGCCUCAAAAGGGGUCGUUGGAGAUUAUGAUAAAUUGUUACAGUUAAUGCUGAUUGAGCAGUUCAAAGGUUGUAUCCCUGAAAGUAUGAAGACGUACUUGGAUGAGAAGGAGACAGAGACUCUUUCUGUGACUGCCAAGUUAGCAGAUGAGUAUGCCUUAACCCACAAGACAAAGUUUUCCUCAAAUAAGAGCUACCAGAGAGGCAGCAGGGACGGUAGAGAAAGCCCACCGGCUAAGGCAGAGAAUAAGCCGGGAACUAGUGGAAAAGGUAAGGAGGAGGUAAAACAGGCUGGCAGGAAGUUUCCUAGCUUUACGUGUUACAACUGUGGGAAAGCUGGUCAUAUAGCAUCUAAGUGCUUUGCUCCAAAGAAGGAGACAGGAAAAGGGAAAACAGUAAUACCUACAGGUUGCAUUGAGCUGGUCAAUAGAUCGAUGAAGAAGGCGGUUAGAUACAGCGCAAGAGGGGCCUGAGAAGUUUAUCUCGGAAGGGACGGUGUCUGUGAAAGAGGGUGAAACCCCAGUUCCAGUGCAGAUCUGGAGAGGUACUGGGUUGGUCAGUCAUUGAUUCUAAAGAAGGUGUUAGAUUUUGGUCCUGAGACCGAGACUGGGGAGGUUGUGUUAAGAGAUAUCGGAAAAGGGACUGAGGCUGUACCUUUGCACAGGAUAUUUCUGAAAUGUGACCUGGUAUCUGGACCAGUCGAAAUAGGGGUGCGGUCAAAACUACCAGUGGACGGCGUGGACGUCCUACUUGGUAAUGAUCUGGCAGGUGGUGACGUGUAUUCAGCAGUGAAAUUAACAAGCAAGCCUGUAAGUGCUGAGGACCUGCCCUUAGGUUCUGAUUUAUCCCGCAUGCGCAGUCACUCGCAGUAUGUCUAGAAAGGCGGCUGAGAACGGAGCCAGUUUAAAUGAGUCCAGUGUUGAUUUAGCAGCGACAUUUUUACUGACCCUGUACCAAGAGGGGUUAGAGGAUGGUAAAACGGAGGAUAGUGGAGUUAAGGAAAGUAAGGGAGACGAAGCAGAUUUAGUGUUGUCAAGGAACAAAAUUUUGACCCUUGCCCAUAAGAUACCCCUAGGUGGACAUUUUGGAGUGAGGAAGGAGGUUAAGGAGGCAGAGAGUAAAGAUAAGAAGUUAGAAGGUCCAGGGUUGGACACGGAUGAUCUGUCUGGCUUGACAGAGCUGUUUUCAGUUGAAGAAGUUAAGUGUGUUCCUGAUGAUGUGAGAGCAGUCCUAGAUGAAAAGGUUGCCGCUACCUUGAGGGAGUCUGCUGGGUUAGCAGACGAAGUUGUUUUAACCCGCAAGGUUGAGCUUACUCCAGAUGGGAUUUGCCCAGAGAGUACCUGGGAGGAUCAGGGGAACUUAGAAUUUGAAAAAGAGACUGGUAUUGAAAGCCUAAAAGAGGCAGAUGUCCCAUUUGCUUGUGUUCAGGUUGUGAAGGAUGUGGAGUCACAGGGUACUGAACCUUGUGUGCAAGCUCAGAAAAAGUCUGAGGUAUCUGAUUUAGUUGAAAAGGAAUACAGUUCUUUUGGACUUGGUUCAGUGGAGAAAAGGUUAACCUUGGCACUGGCAGAAAGUGAGAAUUCUCAGUCUCUUGUGUUAGAAGGUGUGUUUAAAAUUAGCGAUGAAAUGGAAGCUGGUGAGAUUAAUAUUAUUGAAGGAAAAAGGAAAAGUAUUGCUCCUAAACAUUUGAAAAAAGUAAAUUUAAAGUCAGGUUUGGUUCCAGAAUUUUUGACAAAAGGGAAGGGACCGUUAACCAAACAUUGGCUUGUUAACAAGGUGCCUGCGAAUCAAUUACAGAUUGUUUUGAAAUUUAAGGAUAAACAACUCGAUGUUGUUCAAGGAUGUGAUUUGGAGAGGCAGAACUUGAAGUGUUGUUUUGAUCAAGAGGGAUCACCUGCAGGUUAAAUUGGAAACUAAUAGAAUUAAAGAUCCUGAAAAUAAAAUUAAUGACCUGCUUAAAAUUAAUGAAUUGCGUUGAAGUUCAGAAAAUGGGUUUAGUUUGGAAAACAUUGGUGAUAAGGCAGCUCCUGUGAAAGGAGUCUGUGAAGUCCUAUUCCAAGCUGGUGAGCAAGCUAACGAUGUGAGGGUUAAGUGGAAAAGGGACAAAGGUUGUCCAAAUGCCACUUUGAAUACAGGAUCUGGUUUUGUGGGAAUUUGACUUUUUUUGACAAAGCAUGUGAAAGAUAAAAACACCAUGGAAGAUUGACUGUUUGAAUGUUAAGUUUAAAAGUGAAAGAGAGAUUAGUAUUCGCAGAAACUUCUGUAAUGUAUUACAUUAUAAUCACACAUGUAUUGGAUCGCAUUUUAUAAUAUACACCUAAGCUAAGAUCACAAUCCCUUGGUAUUUUUGGUUAACAUGAAAAAUAAAAAAAGGAGGUUAUUAAGUUGGAGACUGUUGUUACAGGAAUUCGAUAUUAAAAUACAACAUGUAAAGGGGAGUGACAAUGUAAUUGCUGAUUGUUUAUCCAGAUGUUAAUUUGAAUGUGUAUCUAUAUUAUUUUUGUAGUUAAGACAACUUCUGUAUUUUGUUAAACUCUGUAAUUCAGUAAUGUGCUUUAUUAGUUAACUUUCACCUUGGUGAAAAUUCCUGGAAGGAUGGGGGUGUUAUGAGUAAUGAACAGACCUAAUGCACAAUGGGGUGCAGAGUUAACCACCCACCCCCCUGAGAAUCAUGGACUGUUGCUAUGCUGCUCAUGGGAGAGAGAGACAAAACACAGGCACAAACAUUUGCUACAGAUAAGAUGGGAAGAGACAAACAGUUGACUUAUUGUAUUUUGACUCUUCCUGGAUUAUUUACUUUCACUACAAGGACUUUACUUUGCUCGUUAACAUUCCUCGGGAGACAGCAGGAGUAGCCUGAUUUGAUGGACACAGUCAUUCAGAGUUGAUGGAUAGUUGAGACCCGUUAGUAGGGAUAAAAGACAGGUCUAGGGAGACACCCUUCAGACACACCAGUGGACACUGACUGAGGGUUAUGAACCCACAAGGAAGGUGGGGGUUUCGGAGACCGAAUCAGGAGAUCGGUCAAUAAAACUCCCAGUGUGACAGCAGGGCCGGUGGGGACUUGUGUGUGUGUCCACUCAUGCCAGAGUGACGAGUCCACCACAGAAGAACGGUCAUAGCCGAAUGACCACAAUGGUGCAACAGAAUCAAAAGGCAACAGGAAGGUUUGCUGACUGCAGCUGCUCAAUCUCUCACUCUCUCUCUCUCUCUAACGAUUACCACACAACAACUGUACCUACCUCAGCACGCAUGAACUGAACUGAACUUUAUACUUUUAUAUGACAAUUCAUUUACCCCUAGACAUCGAUAGAGCUUGUUUAUUAUUGCUUAUUAUUAUUCCCACACUUUUAGGUUUAUUAUUGCUAACCUGUGUUAUAUGUAUAUUUGCA